UUUCUGAUUGAGGGCCUGCAUCUGGGUGUGGCGGUGCCGGGAGCUCACUGUUCUCUUAGCCGUUUCUCGGGGAGGGGUCUGCCUACUUGGCCCAGUGCAUGCCGCAAAGGGCUUUAUUGGCAGCUAGGAGACCCUGCUUCCGUGCCUGGCCUCCUGGUUGAUACGGCUUCUCGGUGACCUUGCCUUGGAAUUUGGGUUGUGAGGCCUCUCUCAGGCCCCUUCCCAGUCACAUUUCAGGUUCCUUUAGAGUUGUCAAGUUGACCAAGUUUGUUGAGAUUCAAACAUCACCUUUAGCUGUUUUUAUUCAUUCUCCUGACUCGUCUCUAUUGGGAGACUUUCGAGGCCACUUGGGUUGGUCCACGCGACGACUGGUAGAAGAUCUAACUUGUAAAUGUCUAGCCAUCAGACGUAGGUCGAGAAGAAUGUUUUAAGCAAAACACGAGCUUGAAAGUGAAAAUUUAGGAGGGGAAUCUUAUUCCAAGAAGGUGUCGACUUAAAGACAUACAACAUAAGGGUUGUGAGUUUAAGUUUUAUUCAGGGUCUUAUUGAGGAUUAUAGCCGGGGAGACAGCCACUCUGCUCUGAGGAACUGCUCUGCGGAGGUAGGGGGGAAGCCAGAUUAUAUAUGAAGUUUUUUGGCCGGAAAAUACAGUCAGGCAUAUAUCUUGGUAAAAGAUUGCUGCUAAUCACAACAGCUGAUCCUAUUAAGAUACUAAUGCCAUCACUGUCUCCUACAAUGGAAGAAGGGAACAUUGUGAAAUGGCUGAAAAAGGAAGGUGAAGCUGUGAGUGCUGGAGAUGCCUUAUGUGAAAUAGAGACUGACAAGGCUGUGGUUACCUUAGAUGCAAGUGAUGAUGGCAUCUUGGCCAAAAUAGUGGUUACAGAAGGAUCUAAAAAUAUACGGCUAGGUUCACUAAUUGGUUUGCUAGUUGAAGAAGGAGAAGAUUGGAAACAUGUUGAAAUUCCCAAAGAUGUAGCUCCUCCAUCACCAGCUUCAAAACCAUCAGUGCCUUGCCCCUCACCAGAACCACAGAUUUCUACCCCUGUCAUAAAGGAACACACACCGGGAAAACUGCAGUUCCGUUUAAGUCCAGCUGCCCGCAAUAUUCUGGAAAAACACGCACUGGAUGCUAACCAGGGCACAGCCACUGGCCCUCGGGGGAUAUUCACUAAAGAGGAUGCUCUCAAACUGGUCCAGUUGAAACAGAUGGGCAAGAUCACAGAAUCCAGACCCACUCCAGCCCUGCCAACCACUCCCAUGGCGCCUUUGCCCCCACAGCCCGCAGCUGCGCCAUCUUAUCCCCGGCCAGCGAUCCCUCCAGUAUCAACUCCUGGACAACCUAAUUUAGCGGGUACAUUCACUGAAAUCCCUGCUAGCAAUAUCAGAAGAGUUAUUGCCAAGAGGUUAACUGAAUCUAAAAGUACUAUACCUCAUGCAUAUGCUACUACUGACUGUGACCUGGGAGCUGUUUUAAAAGUUAGGCAAAAUCUGGUCAGAGAUGACAUUAAAAUAUCAGUAAACGAUUUUAUCAUCAAGGCAGCAGCUGUUACCCUUAAGCAAAUGCCGAGUGUUAAUGUAAGCUGGGAUGGAGAGGGCCCAAAGCAACUGCCCUUUAUUGACAUUUCAGUGGCUGUGGCAACAGAUAAAGGUUUAAUUACACCAAUCAUAAAAGAUGCUGCUGCUAAGGGUCUACAGGAGAUUGCUGACUCUGUAAAGGCUCUGUCAAAGAAAGCCAGAGAUGGGAAAUUGUUACCUGAAGAAUACCAAGGAGGAUCUUUUAGUAUUUCCAACUUGGGGAUGUUUGGCAUCGAUGAAUUUACUGCAGUGAUCAACCCUCCUCAGGCCUGCAUUUUGGCUGUUGGGAGAUCCCGACCUGUGCUGAAGCUCACUCAGGAUGAAGAGGGGAAUGCCAGACUGCAGCAGCACCAGCUCAUAACGGUCACAAUGUCCAGUGACAGCCGAGCGGUAGAUGAUGAACUGGCUACCAGGUUUCUGGAACAUUUUAAAGCAAACCUAGAGAAUCCUAUGCGACUUGCGUAAUCCUCAAAGAUAAGAAGUUGGUCUUUGGCUUAGUUGAUCAUAACUGUAACUAAUAGAAGGAAAAGAGCAUUUGGUUAGUCAGAUGCAUUUUUAAUUUAACCACUGGUGCUGUACAAAAGGGUUGUUAAACUAGAUGUAAAUUAAAUUAGAUGUUUGGCUCAUUGGAGCAUUUUAGAAUAUUUGAGGAUGUAUGAUAAACCUUAAAAUGAAAAAAUUUUAGAACUCUACCUUAAUUGUGUUGAAAUUAGAAGUGGUCUUCAAAGAGAUGCCCAUUAAAGUAGCAGUGAGACCUCACUUUUACAAGCACUGCUCUAGAUAUACUUGAACAAUUUAAUAUGUACAGAAGUUUAUUCUGGAUACUAGUAAGUAAAUAAGAAUCACUCUGUAUUAGGGGUUGUGGCAACAUUAUUGACUUUUUUAUGUAUAUAAAGCCAUAUGUUUUAGAAUGGUUUCUGUCAAUCUUAUUUUACACUUCUAUGACACUGUGAACUAAAGAAGAAUUAAAAAGAAUCAAAGGUGAAGAAAGAGAGCAAAAAGUUUUGUUUUGAUAACAAACUAUAGUUAAAACACCUAAACCUUUAGAAAUAAACUGCUCACCUUCAUACUGAGUUGGAAUGUAUUAAAUUAUGCUAUUUCCUAUCAAAUAUUUUAAGUUAGUGUUGAUUUAAACGCAGAAUGUUGUUGUUUAGUGCAUUUUAAUCACAUUUAUAUUGUGCAAUAAAAUACGAGAAAAUAUAAAAAUUUCUACUGUAUUUUAAACAUUAGGACACAAGUUUAGCACCUUGAAGUACAUGAGUAAUUUCCCUGGAACAGCUUAAAAGGGAUUCUACAGGAUGAGAACAGGAAUUUAAAAUCACAGUUAAUCCUUGAACAACUCGGGAGUGAGAGGUGCCGAUCCCAAGCUGUUGAAAAUCUGUAUGUAAGUUUGCAGUUGGUUCUCACAUCCACUAUUCUGCAUCCAUGGAUUCAGCCAACCGGGAAUCAGGUAAUACUGUAGUCAGUAUUCACUGAAAAACCUCCAUGUAUAAGUGGGCACGCACAGCUCAGACUCAUGUUGUUCAAGGGUCAACUGAAAUAUGACAUUAGGAAAAUAAUGGAUGUGGAAUGUAAAGGUUUGGAAAGAGAAUAGAAGGCCGAUGAGGCAGGUGAGAACUAUCCUUUUUAUUCCUUUGAUAUGAAAAUUUGACUAAUUGUUGUAAAGGUUAGAAGAGCUUAUUUCUCUCUUUUAACAACUCUGCUGUGACUGUCAAGCUAACUGUAACCGGAAUUGGAUGGUGAUUUAAGUAACCAGCCAGAGACUCGUGCUGCUUUCUGCUGAUGGGAAUCACCAGAAGAAAGACUGCGUGGUACAUGUUGUAUGCUAUGACAUGAUGAACUACUUAUGCUCUAACAAAAGAGCUUUCUAAAAUAAUUAGAGUCCCAGUAUAUCAGUUGCUAAGAAGAUGCUUAAUCCAAUUACUCAGUUUUGACAAGCCAUUCUUGUAAAAAGUCUUCAAAACUUUUGUCAUAUUAACAGUUAUACUAAAAAUUGUAACCAAAUGCUAUUUUCAAAAUAACUUUCAUGAGUUACAUUAUUUUCAAUCCGUUUUAACUGAAAUUAUUUGAUUUUUUUGUUUUUCUAAUUUUUGUAUCUGGGGAAUAGAAUGUGAAACAGCCGUAAAUCACCCUUGGCUUGGAGUUCUGUUUUUCCAGUGGACUGAGGACACUUAAACUGUAUUGCAUCUGUUUCCCUGUAGGUGAAAUGGGCGAUGAUCCCUGCCUGCCUUGCAGAGCUGUCCUGGACUGCACAGGGGAAAUGCUCUAUAAAUCAAGACAUUGUAACUCUUCGUGGGCAUCACAGCCAGGCUUUUCCUAUAAUCAGUUGCCUCUCAUGGUUUGCCUUUUCAUGGUUUGACUUCUCAUGGUUUGACUUCUCAGCUGUUGGCACAAAUCCCUGUUCAUUCUGACUAAAAAUAUUUUCUCUGAUAUUUCUAUACCGCUUGGAUUUAUGUAAGGAAAUUGACAUUUCUAAAACUAAUUCUCUUGCAGCAUGGAGUCAGAGAAUAACACUGAUCUGAGAGAGGGGUAUGGUGUCCUUGGUUGAUAUCAUUACAGGGAAUGAACUGGGUGCUGUAUGAGCAGGCUGUCUUCCAUGUUAUAAAUGUGUAUUUAUUUGUAGUGCUGAUAGGCAUCACACUGAAAGGAUAUAAAAAUGAAUUUUAUACCGGUUUUUGUUUGUUUUGUUUGUUUGUUUGUUUUUCUUUUUUUUCCCUCAUUUAAGCAAGGAAAGUGACUAAAAUAUUGGGAAGGCUUCUAAGGAAAGGCAACACACAUUCUAGUUAGCACUUGGGCAUGAAAAUAUCAAUGAAGAUUAGAAUUUAUAAGUCACAAUGUCCCUGCUUCUCCCUGACUGCGACUUCUAGUUAACAUUUUCAGGCACGGUGUGUUCACUGUGUUGUGGCAGAUUAAAAUCUUCAGUAUACUGCUGGCCAGACGCCUUUGUUUGAAACAUGACUAAGAAAUUGAUGUAUACCUGUAUAAGUGUUUUAUAUAUGUGUCAAGUGGAACUUCUAUUUUUAAAUUUUUUUUCUUUUUUGCAUUUUAGACUUAAUUUCAGGCUAAAUUUUACAGGCCAGAUAUUUGGGCAUUGCGCUAAAAGUAAAAUUAGUUUCCUAACCUUGUUGAAAGAUAGGUGGUGCUAUGAGUUAAUAUAUUGUAGUUAUAGAGUAGGAGAAAAGUAAAAAUGACAAUUCUUAGUUUUCAAGGAAAAUUUGUCCUCAUUGCAUCAUGAUGGACUUUGUCUCAGGUGAAGUGGGGAAAUGAAAGAACCAACUGUGUUGCAGGUAAGAAUAAACCAUUAUUUUAAAUGUGACGUUAUUAAUGGGAAACUUUUGUUGACUUUUGAAAAAGGAAGUAACAGUGCAGAGUUACUUUCAGGUUAAUCUGGCUACCGUAUGCAAGGUAGGUCAAAACAGGGAGAGGACAACCGUCAGCAGGACCAGCUGGAAGCUUUUUGCUAUAAUGAAAGUGUCCAUUGAUUAGAUUCUGUACCAGGUCAGGGGCUUUAAAGAAGGGAGAAACGUAAGAAUAUUCGACAUGUUCAUUUGCUGUGGUAUGUUAUGAAUAUGUGGGGUGGGUGUGUGCUGUCAGAUAAUGCAGCUACAGUGAUGCAGUUUCCCAGUCCAAAACACAACCCUCGGGGCUUCCUAGGUGGUGCAGUGGUUAAGAAUCCGCCUGCCAAUGCAGGGGACACGAGUUUGAGCCCUGCUCCAGGAAGAUCCCACAUGCCGCGGAGCAACUAAGCCCGUGUGCCACAACUACUGAGCCUGUGCUUUAGAGCCCGUGAGCCACAACUAUUGAGCCCAUGUGCUGCAACUACUGAAGCCCAUGGCAAUGAGGAAGCCCGCAUACCACAACAGAGAGUAGCCCCCACUCACCGCAACUAAAGAAAGCCCGCGCACAGCAAAAAAAGACCCAACACAGCCAAUAAAAUAAAUAAAUAACUAAGUAAAUAAAUAAACUAAAAAAAAAUAGCUGUCAUUAUUUAAAAAAAAAAAUCCUCCAUGGCCCCAUCACCAGUGUACAAAGGUUUAGGGUUCUGAUAAGUUUUGUACAGCAAAUGUUUGUUUCAGGAGACAU